AUGCCCAUCGCAAUAUUAGCCCCCCGGCCGCAGCCGCCGCCGCCGCAGCACCACGAUGCGGACGCGGACGUGGACAUGGACGCGGACGACGCGGGCGGCGACAUCGUCACGCCCGGCGAGGUCAUCACCACGGACCCGCAGUGGAUGCGCGGCCACGGCACCUACACGGUCCCGCCCGCCAUCGUCUCGUCCGUGGCCGGCACCGUGUCGCGCACCAACCGCCUGCUGUCGGUCCGGCCCGUGCGCGCCCGCUACACCCCCGAGGUCGGCGACCUCGUCGUCGGCCGCAUCGUCGAGGUCCAGGCCCGCCGCUGGCGCGUCGACGUCGGCGCCUCCCAGCUGGCCGCCCUCCCCCUGUCGGCCAUCAACCUGCCGGGCGGGGUGCUGCGCAAGCGCACCGACACGGACGAGCUCCAGAUCCGGUCCUUCUUCGCCGAGGGCGACCUGCUCGUCGCCGAGGUCCAGCAGCUCUUCGGCGACGGGGGCGCGGGCCUGCACACGCGCUCGCUGAGGCAGGUGUGGACCAUGGAGGUCGCGUCGACGGCGCCCUCGGCCUCGACCCACCCGGCCGCGGCGGGCCGCAAGGGAGGAGGACAGCAGGCGCGGAACCCCGCCGCCACCGCCGCCGCCGCCGCCGCCAACCGCAGCAUCGACGUGGUCCUGGGUGUCAACGGCUACGUCUGGAUCAGCAAGCACGUCGAGCCGCCGUCCGACGACCCAGGAGCGCCCACUGGCGCCACGGGCAUCGCAAACAUGGAGGAGGCCGUCUCGGCCAGCAUGUACUCGAGCCGAAACGACCCCAUCGACCCGGAGACAAUGCGCGAGAUCGUGCGCGUGCGCGGCGUCAUCACCGCCCUGGUCGAGAACGGCGUGCGCGUCGACGAGGACAUGGUCGAGCGCGCCUACCGCGAGGCCGUCGAGAUGGCCCGCGCCUCCGACGCCGGCGAGGACGACGUCUACCUCGGCGGCGACCGCGGCGUCCAGCUGGCCGCCAUCCUGACCGGCAGGUGA